CGGGAACUGUCGUAAAAUGUCGCAACGUCACUGACGCGUCAAGAGCCAAACCAAAACAGCGGGCAUGUUUGAAAGCAAGAGUUUCCGUGGUGACCGACAGCGGUGACAAGAGCUAACAUCAUCUUCUAGUUUGUGGGAGACUAUAUCAACAAUCCGAGAAUGGAUUCCAACAGUGAAGCUCGCAUCUUGGAUCUGGAGGAGGAGGUGAAGAAUUUAUCCAACGAGUUAACGCAAUGCCAGGCAGACAAGGAGUUUGUGUGGUCUCUAUGGAAACGCUUGCAAGUGGCAAAUCCUGAUUUGACCCAGGCUGUCAGUUUGGUAGUUGAGCGUGAGAAACACAAAACUGAGAUUAAGGACAGGAAGGUGUUGGAGAUCCUCCAGUGCAAAGACUACAUGAUACAGGAGCUAGAACAGAAAGUGAAGGAACACAAGCAGGAAAUUGACAACUUGUUGCAAAAAAGAACAACAGUUGAAGAGGAGGGAGCCUUAAAAAAGGAGGAGUUGAAAGCUCUGCAGGAACACCUGACCAGAAAGAGUCAAGAACUUGAGGAAAUGAAGACCAAAAGUAUGAAGAAAGAAGAGGAGGAGCAGCAGGUGGUGCAUGCUCUGGAGAAGGAAAAAGAGGGAUUAAUGUCCUGCUGUGCUGCCCUGAGAGCUGACCUGGAGGAGAAACAGCAGCAGGUCAACAGUCAGCAAGACCAGAAGAAUGCCGCCCAGGCCAGAUUAAAGGAUCUUGAAAAGGACCUGCAUAAUACUUUGCUGGAGCUGUCCACCUUGCAGAGACACAGUAACGAUCUCCAAGCGCAGCUCACUACCAAGGAGAGGGAAGUGGCAACAAAAGAGGAGCAACUUCAUCGCCUUUGUUGUGACUUUGCAGAUGUGCAGACUCUGUACAGACAGAGCUCAGAGCAUGCAGCGGAGCAAAGCCACCUGAUCAAACAGCUGGAGGUACUCAAUCUAGACACACAACGAGUCCUGAGGAACCAGGAGGAGGCACACACUGCUGACACCACCUCAUAUCAGAGGCUUUACAAGGAGUUGAGUCAGUGCUACCAGGCUCUCGUAAUGAGUGAAUCCAAGCUCCGUCAAAGUCACCAGGAACUCAGAAGCCAGUUAGCUGACAAAGACCAGCUCAUCUCACAACUACAGGCUCAACUACAGAAACAACAAGAGCAAAUUCAACAUCCUCAGCAGCAGCAGCAACAGCAGGCUCAACAUGUAACCCUUUACUCCUCGUCAAACAAACAAACCAACUUCAAGGCUUUGGUUGUAGAGCGGGCCGAUGCUGAAAAUCUCGGCUCUCACACUGAUCAGGCCUCCACCACAGAUUCUGAUCUCACACCUGAAGACAAGAAUUUCCAUCCCAGAUCUGCUCGCCCCGUCAGAAGACAACAGGGAACACCUGUUCAGCGGUCCAGGUCUUUGUCCCCAGCCAGCAGUGUGGUGUUGGGAAGCGGCAGCAGCAAGGGAGCCGAACAAAGAAUUCAAGACCUUGAAGAGCUUUUGCGAUUAAAGACCAAGGAAAAUGAAGAACUGGGAAAAGCACACAAGAAACGCCGUGAAAGGAUGUGUUUGAUUCAAAACUACUACAAGACAGUUAGAGAUCAGCUUAAAGAAAUUGAGAAAUCAAGUGGCUUGGCAAGUGGAAAGGCACACCGAGCAGAGUUUUGGCAACUACGACAAGAGAACAGUGAUGCUGUGUGGAACGAGCUGGCCUACUUAAAAAACCUUACAACUAAACUCUCCAUCGAAAAGGCCAGCUUGGAGGAAGAAUUGGACAUUCUGCGAGUACAAAGUGCGAUGGACAGGGCCACAGUGAAGGAGCUACACAUUUGCCUCACUAAAGAACAACAAGAAUUGCUUUACAAAAUGGCAGAGGAGCAGCAGGUCAAAAGCAGCACUCCAAAAAAGCCUCCGCUUUCUUCAGGCCGAAUGGACCAAUCAUUUAAAAAGAUUGAACAGCUGGAGCACAGGAUGUUUCUCCUGGAGGAGCAGAAUGAGAAGCUGAGAGACGAGAAAGAGCAGUUGCUGGAGGCCAACAAAGACUUGGCCCACAGCUGCCGCAGACUCCAUGCCUCAGCGGAUCAUCAACGAGUGCAAGAAGCUGUCCGGGAAGAGGCAGCUCUGGCCCAGGAGGCACAGCAUCGUGGUGAUAUCAUGGCUCUCGAAGUCCAGCUUGGCGAAUCGAAGAAAGAGAUCGCCAGGCUUCAUCAUCAGUUGCUGAAGUUGAGACAGGAGCUGGGGAUCCUAAGAGCAGCUAGGGACUUCUAUAGGAAUCGUGCAGCAGGACCAACACGAACUACUGGGAACUCUACCAGUAUUAACAACAAGGUCAAAUUCAAGGCAACCAGGCGUAGACGUCUUCUUCACCCGCACAGCCACCAAACAGUCAGUCCUAAUCAAGCUACCAGUUGGCAAGGCCGCAGCCCCAGUCCCACUAAGGAUGAGUGGGAGGACAUGAGCAUAGAUAGCUACAGUGGAGAAGAGUUCUCGGACAGUCUCAACAGGACGCCGUCGCGGGCUGUACUUCAUAGACAACCCUCAACUAAAAAGUCCUACAGGUGUUCAUCAAGCUCAAACUUAGAAACCACCUCCGUUGGAUCUAACAGAAGACAACCUCAUGUUCUGGCCCAAGGCAGCAGUACACGUUUCCUCCUGUUAGAUGAUAAACAGCAUGAGCCGUGGGACCGAGGGACAGGAGGAGAGAAAAGGAGGUGGAGGAAGAAGAGGAUGCUGAUGAAGAGCCAGCGCUGCUCCACCUCUUCUCUGCAGCAGCGCGUCGAGUCCCUACAGCGCCACAUUGACAUCCUGCGAAGUGCCAGGAAAGAUGCUCUGCUCUCAGCCAGAGAGCUGCGAAGGGCCAAUGAGAUGAUCACAUCACAGCUCAACACACUCACUGAGAAACUCCACAGCAGCAAGCAGCAAACACAGAAGCUGACCUCUGACUUGGCUGGUGUGGAGCAGCAGAAAAAAGUUUUGGAGAUGGAGUUAGAACAGUGGAAGCGGAUCACAUUACCCCCACAAACUUCAUCAGCUGCACUGGUAAACACUGAGUGCCAUGGCAAAACUUUGCCUGCCUCAGCUAACCUUGGCCCCAAGAGCCUGGAGGCUGAGGUCAAACAACUGCAGGGCAGGCUGAAGAGUGUGAGUGCCGAGGUCACACGGCAGAUGGCCGCUAACAAAGCCCUGCAUGGCCAACUCCAAGAAAAGGAAGAAAAGCUCUGCCAGUUGCAAGACAAGAUGAACCACACGGAACGAGAUGUUCACAUGAAACGGCAGCUGGUGGAAGACUUGAAGACGAGACUGAAGUUUCUGCAGGAGAUGGAGAAAAGUUACCGGGGACAAGUAGAAGAGCUGGAGAAGAAGGUAAAGGCUUUAUCAGAGGAAGGCACCAACAGGAAAUCCUUCAUUGAAUCUCUAAAGAGAAGAUUAAAUGUGGCAACAACAGAGAAAAGCCAAUGUGAAGAUUCCUGUGCAAAACUGAAAGAGGGUCUUGGGAAAAAGGAGCAGCGCAUUCAAGCCCUGCAGUCUCACGUAGCAGCCAGUGAGGCGGCUUUGGCCGCCUUGGAAAAGACAGCCCAUGAACAAAUGGAGGGUUUGACCCUGCAGAGUUCCAACACCAUUGCCAAGCUUCAGAGACAGCUUGGCCAAAUCUCUUCCCAUCUGGAGCAGCUUCAUUGUUUCAUUAAGACCUUGGCCAGCGAAAUACUAUUAGAAGUUCAAGAGGUCAAGCAGCAGCUGAUGAACAGGAGGAAACUGAAGCAGGCUAGCUCCAUGGCAGCGAGGAACAACUUAUCAGCCAAGUCUAUGAUCAAAGCCAAGUCGGUUGCUGCCUCCAUUCUCAACAUGUCAGAGAAUGAUCUAGCAGACAUAAUGGAACCCGAUCAGACUACAGAGGGGUACGGUCAGAGUUCCAGAGACCAGGAGUGGCUUGAUCACCUAAACCUCAUCCUCCAGCAGAAGAUCCCCACAGCCAGCCAGCUCAUGCAGGCUGUGCGUGUGAAGAUGAAGGAGAGGAAAGUGCUGACAGAAGAGCUGGCCGCGCUCACAACACCAGUCAGCGAAAAACCCUGACUCCCUGGGCUGCGACUGGGAAAACUGUCAUCCUCUUCUUUUUGCCUCCCUCUUUCCUUACCCGGUUCCUCCUCUGUGGGAGCUGGGCUGAGCCAAGCUGAGCCGGGGCGGCAGAACCAAUAUUUGUGAGAAAAGCGCGGCCUCCUCCCUCAGGGCCACUGGCUCAACACAGCACUCCAGCUUUUGUAAAUGAGCCCUCGACAUCUGUGUUAGUACUCACCGCACUACAUCUAACUGACAAGGUGCUCCAGUGCCAAGUUCAUUUCCAGCACAGCCACUCUCCUUCACACAGUUCAGACCCAGGUGAUAAAACAUAUGCUCACCCAAACCUUUACCAGACACUCUCUGCUCUUUUUCUUUGACACACUGAGAAGCUCAUUAUCGCUUAACACUGCAGUGGCAAGUCAGGACUGUGGUAGAGUAACACAAAUGUUAGAAAGCCAAAGAGCGGCUUUCUGAGUGCAUCAAAUCCUCUUCAAGGAUGCAUUUUUUGAAAGAUUUCUUUUUCCUUGGCUUCUAUUCUUGAUCGUUUUGUCUAAUAAUUUAUUUGACAAUUAUGUUAUAAAUCUCUGAACAUGGAUUGUCAUUUUGCUCACAAAAUGCCUGUUUGUAAAUAAAAACAAAAUUCAA